AAAAUCGCAUGCUUAUGAAGAACUACCAGCAAAAGUGUUACGAUCCGAAUAAACGGCUCCCAUACAAAUGAACAAGAUUCGUCAUUAAAUAUCCUAAGACUAAACCAGCACCCAGAACCGCUCCCGUUACAGCCCACGGUUCCGACAGUGACUGUCACUAUGCAUGUAAAAAAAGAUGCAUUUUCAUCCUCCCAUCUCAAACGGUGUUGACUAACCAUCCCCAAUUCAUUUUGCCAAUCCCCGCGAUUGCGGCGUGAUUUAAAGACAUUUGACAAGACGCCACUCCCUGCCAGACCAAGACGGCGGCGAUACUAUGAGAUCGGGGUCGCUUGUUGUUGACUACGGCUGCGGCAAGGAAAUAUAUCACAUCCCCCGAAAAGAAGGCAGAUCUGCGCGCAGCUCGAAGCCUGUCUGCCCGACACCGCGGGGCGGCUGCUGCAGCAAACAGCGGCGAUGCGGCUUUUAUUUUAACGGGAAUCGGUCCUAACGGAGGACGCUGGAAACGGGAUCACCGACGUCCUUACGGGUUAUAGCCGAUCGUAUUAACGGGGGCUGCAGGGAAGAGGAUGAGCCUGGACUCCCGCUGGAGACCCAGUGAGGUGACUUGUGACAUCAGGGUGAAGGCUUUGCGAUGACACUGCUCUGAACUGGGUGACUGAGCUCAGCAGCACAGCUCUUAAUGUGGCCGGUGGCCCCAUCGUUUUGCAUUGAUGUCAGAUAAUUACUGUCACCCAGGAGAACCCUCGGAUUAAAUUAAUUUGCAUCACUUCAAGAGGCAUAGAAUUCGUCUGCUUUUUUGCUAUCUGGAUUUUUGCAGUCUCAAGUUUCAGGACAAAGUAUGUCAUCUGCAUCCUUCCACGGAAUUCUACGCCCGCUUGUGAUCGCCAUCUUUGUUUUGGGUUCUUUCGUCACUUUGUUUUUUAUGUAUUUCAAACCGUCGACCAACUGGCUCUCAGGCCCAAUUGAAUCCGCGACAUCAGCUCUUAAGGUGAAGAAUCUCUUUUCUGCAAAGAAGGAGCUGAAUCGCACCAUUAUUUUGAUCUGGCUGUGGCCAUUUGGUCAGACCUACGAUUUAAGUUCUUGCACUUUAUUCAACAUUGAGGGAUGUUACUUAACGGCCGAUAGGAACUUGUACAACAAGUCCGAUGGGGUCAUCAUCCACCACCGAGACAUAAGCAGUGAUUUUUCAAACCUGCCAUUAACACAGCGUCCAUCUUUCCAGAAGUGGGUGUGGAUGAAUCUUGAGUCACCAUCACACUCACCAAAAAUCCCUGGAAUUGAGAACCUGUUCAAUUUAACUUUGAACUACAGGCGAGAUGCCGAUAUUGAGGUUCCGUAUGGGUCUGUUGUGUCAACGCCGGAAGAUGAAACCUUUGUACUACCAAACAAGAAUAAGUUAGUUUGUUGGAUUGUAAGCAAUUGGAAUCCGGAACAUACCAGAGUGAAGUACUACAAUGAGCUGUACCAGCAUAUUGAGAUACACACAUAUGGACAAGCCUUUGGGGAAUAUAUUGGUGAGAAAGACUUUUUCCCCACAAUUGCCAGUUGCAAAUUCUAUCUGUCAUUUGAGAAUUCAAUACACAAAGACUAUAUCACUGAAAAACUGUACAACCCACUCUCUGUGGGCUCGGUGCCAAUCGUUCUUGGACCGUCAAGGCAAAAUUAUGAAAACUUUGUUCCUGGAAGUGCCUUUAUACACGUGGAUGAUUUUCUUUCCCCAAAAGAGUUGGCGGACCAUAUCUUACUGCUGGACAAGAACGAAGACAUGUACCUACAGUUCUUUGAGUGGCGUAAGCACUUUAAGGUAAAGAUGUCAUACUUCUGGGCAGAGCACACGUGUCGUGCCUGUGAUUACAUCAGCAAACACAAGGAAUACAAGGCAUGCAAUAACCUUGACACCUGGUACUGGGGGUGAAUUCUCAGAUUUGAAACAAGAAGGUUCUAUUGUUGGGAUCAAAGUUAUGCUGGUUUAUGGUGCGACUGCUGGAGAGAAGAACAUUAGAAGCAAGAUAUAAAAUGGAAGAAAUGCAUUAUGGGAAAAAAGUGGCUUAUGGGGGGUCUGCUUUUGUAAAAAACAAAAGAUAUAUAUAUAUAUAUACAUGGACAAGUUAAAUUCCCUUGAAUAUCACACCAUAAAGAAGGUUUGACUCCAACAACAUGAACAUUUGCCACCUUUCUCCAUUUCAGGAUGCCAACAAGCUCUUCAUUUUAGGGCUACGGACCACAAACUAACAUAAACACAGAUAUUUACCCACUGAAUAGACGUCAUUGUAUUACCCUGAAAUGUGCAAAUUCCAGCAAACAUUUAGUGAAUUCAUUUACUGUAAGAGACAUUUCAAUUUAAACAUUUUCAAGAAAACCCUAUCCUUGGUCUAAAUCAAAAGCAUUUGUUUACGUCGUGACAAAACUCAUGAGCAAUCGGUUUAGUGUCACUUGUGUCGUACUGUAUCAUGUCUCAUUGUAUAAAGAUGUGUAACCAACACAGAGAUGCAACUGGUACCUUGUUUGAUAUUGUAUCUUCAGAUAUUUCAAGGUUUAAAAUGGAAAAACCAUAUUGUUUUGACAAAUUAUGACUAUUUUUCACGGGAGAUUAGUUAUUUUACAAAGAAUAUAUAUGGUAAAUGUGAAGUGAGAAAACACAAAAAUAGUGAUUUAGGUGAAAAACCGCAAAGGAUAUUUAAUGGCGAAGAUGCAAAUUAUAUCAUAUACUGUGAAUUGUAUUGCACUGUGGGAGAACGUUCAAGCUGAAGUAAUGUGAAACGUAUGAGUCUUUGAAUGUUCAGACGGUCAAACAAAGCAGAAGAACCUGCAUGUGUCACAUGAUAGCGGAUAACUAGAGGUGAGAAAUGCCUUUAUUUAGCUUAUAUUUGUUCAUUCUGUUGCCUCUGAAGACAUUAUGACACUGGUUAGGUUGCACUUGCAUUUUCUCAAAGCCUGAUCCAUAAUGAUCUAUUUCUAUGGUUGUCUAGAUAGUUUACUUCAUACUGCUGUGUAAAGCAAUUUCAUUUUCAUGUUGAGAGAUUCCUAUAAUAUUGAGAAACUUAAUUAUAUAGGCUGUGGACACUCUUCCACACCUACCUCCAUGAAAAACCUACAUGCAUAGCUUAGAGUAGGGGACCUUUACUGUGUUAUUGGAUUUGAAAUAGUCCCAAAUUUACUCAAAUCAAUGACAUAGUUCGCUGUUAACUAAUAAGAAAUUUCUCAAGAGCUACUUUGUACUACUGUAGAAACACUGUAAAUUUGGUGGUCAUUAAAAUUCACAUUUUGCAUGCUAAAUGAAAUUCUGCAUUUUAGUAAAAGAUAAAGUGAAGAUUGUGAAGGUUUGGGUACAAGUCUGUAUGUCACUGGGGAUGAAAGUCACAUAGCAUUACAUUUGUAGAGCCUGUUGCAAUAAGAUACCUGACAUCAGUCAUUCUAUGCAGAGACAUUUUGUUUUCAAAAUAUAUAAACAUGUUUUUUCCACUUAGUGUCGAACACAAUGAUGUUUAGCUACAUUUGUAAGAAGGUUACUUGUUGUUAUUUUCAUGACAUCACUAGCAUGGUGGUCCUUCAUAUAACAGAUGUUCAUUAAUGUUCAUUAUUAAAAAAAUAAACUUAUUCAUCAGGAUAACUAG